UUGAUUUCUCUUUGUCUAUGUCUGCAGACCAUGCAAGCGGCGCGAUGCCCAACAGAUGAGCUGUCGCUGACUAACUGUGCUGUCGUGAGCGAAAAAGAUCUGCAGUCAGGACAACAUGUGACUGUGAAGACCACACCCAACCACAAGUUUGUCUUUACAGUCAAGACCCAUCAUACUGUUGCAGCAGGAAGCAUUGCUUUCAGCCUGCCACAGAGGAAAUGGGCUGGUCUCUCCAUUGGCCAGGAAGUGGAAGUGUCCAACUACAAUUUUGACAAGUCCAAGCAGUGCAUUGGUGCUAUGACAAUCGAAAUUGAUUUCCUGCAAAAGAAGAGCACAGACUCCUCUCCCUAUGAUUCAGACAAGAUGGCUGCUGAGUUCAUACAGCAGUUUAACAGCCAAGCUUUUUCAGUCACCCAGCAGUUAGUCUUUAGUUUCUGCGACAAGUUGUUUGGAUUGAUGGUAAAGGACAUUGAGGCCAUGGAUUCCAGCAUUCUUAAAGGGGAACCAGCCUCCGGAAAGAAACAGCAAAAGAUUGAUAUCGGUCUGAUGGUGGGCAACAGCCAAGUAAUCUUUGAGAAGGCAGAGAGCUCUUCCCUCACACUUGUUGGUAAAGCAAAGACUAAGGAAGCCCGACAAACAAUCAUCAACCCAGACUGGAACUUCGAGAAGAUGGGAAUUGGAGGCCUGGACAAGGAAUUCUCUGACAUUUUCCGCAGAGCCUUUGCAUCCCGUGUUUUUCCUCCUGAUAUAGUGGAGCAGAUGGGGUGUAAGCACGUGAAGGGUAUUUUGCUGUUCGGACCACCAGGAUGUGGUAAAACACUGAUGGCAAGGCAGAUUGGCAAGAUGCUCAAUGCCCGCGAACCCAAGGUGGUCAACGGCCCAGAGAUCCUUAACAAGUAUGUGGGAGAGUCUGAGGCCAACAUCCGCAAACUGUUUGCAGAUGCAGAGGAGGAACAGAAGAGGCUGGGAGCCAAUAGUGGCCUGCAUAUCAUCAUCUUUGAUGAGUUGGAUGCCAUCUGCAAGCAGAGAGGAACAGGCGCCAGCAGCACAGGUGUGCAUGACACUGUGGUUAACCAGCUCCUGUCUAAGAUUGAUGGUGUGGAGCAACUUAACAACAUCUUGGUCAUUGGUAUGACUAACAGGCCUGACCUGAUAGAUGAUGCCCUGAUGAGGCCUGGAAGGUUUGAGGUGAAAAUGGAAAUUGGUCUGCCUGAUGAAAAAGGUCGUGUCCAGAUCCUGAACAUCCACACCACCAAGAUGCGAAACUUCAACCUUCUGGCUGGAGAUGUUGACAUCAAAGAACUGGCAGCAGAGACCAAGAACUACAGCGGAGCAGAGCUGGAGGGAUUGGUCAGAGCAGCGCAGUCGACCGCCAUGAACCGGCACAUCAAGGCAACAUCUACAGUUGAAGUAGACAUGGAGAGGGCGGAGAAGCUGCAGGUUACCAGGUCUGACUUCAUGGGGUCCCUCAACAAUGACAUAAAACCAGCAUUUGGUACAAACCAAGAGGAUUAUUCCAGCUAUGUGAUGAACGGCAUCAUCAAAUGGGGUGACCCUGUCACUCAUGUGCUGGAUGAUGGAGAGCUGCUUGUACAGCAGACCAAGAACAGUGAUCGUACACCACUUGUGGCUGUGUUACUGGAGGGCCCACCACACAGUGGGAAGACAGCCUUAGCAGCUAAGAUUGCAGAAGACUCUCAGUUCCCCUUCAUUAAGAUCUGCUCUCCUGACAAGAUGAUUGGAAGCUCCGAGAUCUCCAAAUGCCAGGCAAUCAAAAAGGUCUUCGACGAUGCGUACAAGUCCCAGCUCAGCUGUGUUGUGGUGGAUGACAUUGAGCGACUGUUGGACUAUGUCCCUAUCGGUCCUCGCUUCUCCAACCUGGUUCUACAGGCUCUGCUGGUGUUGCUCAAGAAACCCCCACCUAAGGGCCGGAAGCUUCUCAUCAUUGGCACUACCAGCAGGAAAGAUGUCCUGCAAGAGAUGGAGAUGCUGGACGCCUUCAGCACCACGAUCCACAUCCCCAACAUCUCUACUGGGGAGCAGCUGGUUGACGCUUUAGAGCUGCUGGGAAGUUUUACAGAUAAAGAACGAGCCAGCAUCGCUCACCAGCUCAAAGGAAAGCGUGUCUGGAUUGGCAUCAAGAAACUCAUUGUCCUCAUUGAGAUGUCGCUGCAGAUGGAGCAGGAUUACAGAGUGACUAAGUUCAUUUCUCUGCUCAGAGACGAGGGAGCAGGACGCAGUUUCUAUGAGUAGAGGGAAGGAAGAAUCUCACCAUUUACAAGCUACCUACAGGACACUAAGGACAAGAAGAAGAUGAUGUUGCUUCUGUGUUGAUCUGUUUACUCGCUCAUUGGUCUAUCUAUCUAUAUACAAAACUGGUCCAGUAUAAAAAGAGAUAAAUUCCAUUUUAUCUCUGCAUGUUUCGUCAGACAAAAUAUCACAUCCCUCCUACUCAUCAUCAUCGUCAUCACCUGAACUUGUACUGACAUAUCACCGUAAACUAUUGGAGUUCGUGCUGUUAAGAAUCUGUUUAAAAACAUCAAGAGUGUAAAAUUGUUGUUUAGUGCAUUGUGCGGAAAAAAAGAGGGGAAAAUAUAAGAAACUUUAUGUUUUUAGCUAUCCUAUUUGUUGUAUUUGUUGGAUAUCUCUUACCCCGCUUAAGGUAAAUAUAGUUGUGCUCCUCACAAGCAGUGUAAACGGAACAAAAACUUUUACACCGUUUCAAUAUUAAGACGUGAGUUUACAAGAGGCUUUUAGUGAAUGUGUAGUGGCUGUUAAAAAAAGAGGCUGUUCCGUGUGUAAAUGUUAUCCCUUUAAAGAUACAGUAUGACCACAUUCUGUAAAUAGUAUAUAUAGGCUAAAUACAGUAUAUCAUUAGAUUAAGGAUAUUUCAUACAUUAUCAGUAUCUUUCUCCCUGUGGCUGUGCAGACUUUAAUGGGUUAGUGUAGUGGUGAAAGUGAACUUUGGAUUGUUGGCCUGUAUUUCAAACAACUGGCUCGUGCGCAUGUGUGGUGCGUCAAUUGCUGCAUGUUUCCAGAGUGUGUGACUGUGUAAACCUGAAUGAAAGCCUGUGUGUAUGCGUUUAAUUUUGUCAAUUUGGAUCAGAUUUCGACAUCUAGUGGUUGGUUUGUGUUCUUUUUUUUAUUCCAUGUGUUCAGUGCUCUAAAUCCAAAUGUUCUUGUUUUGUUCAGACCAUUGACAGUGUAUGUAUGUAUUAUGUGUAAAUAUGUGUCAAUGUGCAGAGGUAAUAUUGCAAUAAAAAACAUAUGCACAAUAAAA